AUGCCAUUCAAGCCAGUUCAGCUCAACGACGGCAGAUAUCUGCCCACUAUCGGAUUUGGUACCUGGAAGAUCCCCAAGGAGAAUUGUGCCAGUCAGGUCGAUCAGGCCGUGGAUGUUGGCUUCGAUCACAUCGAUACCGCCCAAGCUUAUCGAAAUGAGGAAGAGGUCGGACAGGCUAUCAAGGAGCAAGGACUCGCUCGCAAGGACUUUUGGCUGACCACCAAGUGGAGUGGAGUCGAUGGAAAGCAACCAAAGCAAUCUUGUGAAGAAUCUCUGGAGAAGUUGGGCGUAGAGUACCUCGACCUCUACCUCAUCCACAGCCCUCGACUCUGUCAGGGUGACAUUCCCGGAUCUUGGAAGCAGAUGGAAGAUCUAUACCGUGAAGGUAAAGUCAAGUCCAUUGGAGUGUCCAACUUCUCCGUCGAAGACCUGCAGACUCUCCUCGCCAGCUGCUCCAUCAAGCCCGUCGUCAACCAGAUCCUCCUCCAUCCUUACGUCAUUGGAAGGACCGAGCCAUUGCUCGAGUUCCAUGCUGCUCAGCACAUUGUGACUGAAGCUUACUCGGCUCUCUUCCCCUUGACCAGUCAGCCCGGAGGACCCGUCGACAAGCCCCUCAACAAGAUUGCCGAGAAACACGGAGUCAAGCCUGAGCAGGUCUUGAUCGCUUGGGCCAGUGCCAAGAAGGCGGUCGUCCUCACCACCUCGCGAACCAAGGAGCGCUUGGAGGGAUACCUCGCCGCAGGGGACAUCACCCUCAGCGAGGAUGACAUUGCCGAGCUGGACAAAGCUGGUAAAAAAGGUGAACAAAAGCAAGUGAUGGUCAAAAAGGCUCGCACUGUGGGUCGUGUGGUCUUGGCUGGAGCUGCAGUGUAUGCUGCUCUGAGACUGUUGGGCCUCUAA